UCACUCCUCAGACAAACAAAUCUGCAGCUAACCAAGUUAUAAUUCUUCAUUAUCGAAGUGUAGAUUUUCUUUUUCUGAAGGCAUCAUCGAGCCAGUCCUCACUCCAUCUUGAAGGUUUUAUGAUGCAAUCCAAUAUUUUUCUGUCAUCAAUUCCUUGUAUGUUGCUUCUCGUAUUGAUUGCGAGUUUAGCUUCGUAUGCUUCAGCGUACCAUUGCGAAGACAUCAAGCCUUUCCCACUGGCUGCAUGUAUGAUGACGAAUUAUACGACAGGCGAGUUGGAAGGAGGGGGAAGUCGUCCGGGGGCCCCAAAUAGGAACGAUAAGUUCGGAUGCGGAGAUGGAUUCAUCAACACACCGUUAUGCUGCAAGAUUCCUUUCGAAAAAGUUGACCAGAAAAACGUUAAAGACAGCUGUAUCUUUGCCCCUGAUGGCCCCGCUCGAAAAUAAUAGAAGUAGAUGACGAACCCAAGGACAUCUUUCAGUUUAGCACUUUCUUCAUCUCAAAAUGCUUCACAGAAGCUGUGUCUUCUGCAAUAAUAACAACCAAGAUUGCAUCAAGCAUUUAUGAUAUAGCUUCAUUUUAUCCUUUACCCAAAGAUACCUAGCUCUAUGGCUUUCCAUUUUGUAGUUAGAGAUCAGUUGAACUACUAGAUAACUCCAACAUGUGCCUGCUCAAAAUAUUUUAAGCAUUUCAUGUUAUCCAUGGACAUCUGUUUUGAUUCUUCUUGAAAUUGUUCACCUAAGACUGUGCUCACAUGUGGCCAAUGCAUUACAAUUUGUGUUUUCUUCCUUCCACAGGUGGAACUGCCAAGUAGCCUAUACUGUGUACAUACCA